GAAGCCAUGUCGUGCUUGAAGGUGUUGUAGAGGCUUUAUCAACCGGCCAGGCGGCUUGUUCGGCGCUGUGUGUGUAGACUGUAUGAGUCCAGGCUGACAACAACACUGCAACCUGAGACGGGAGAGCCAGCUAAGUAAACCAGCUAAGUUAGCCCCUGUGCUAACCUCCUGUGGUAACCUGUCUACUGUCACGACUCGCCAUUGUCCGACCAAGUUCAGCGAAAUGUCGUAUGUUUAAAGUUGCUUCGACAAGACAAGAGAAAGAGAAAAGAAAAGAGAAAAAACGGACUUUCUUGUUUGGCUUCUCCAACUCCUUCCUCCUGUCUGAUAUGUCAUCGCUGCUCGGUUACAGCAAAAGCCAGAGCUCUACGGCAGACGGUUGACAUCUGGUCAGUUGCUGUUGAAGAGGAUGGCUGCUCAGGUGGAGGUUCAGACUGGGGAGGUUGGGAGGACAGUGGCGGGAGGACGACUUCACCUGAGUCCCCUGACUGACUCCAGUAAUAAGAGCCUCAUCGAGAUCCCCUCCAUCAACCAGUCCCGUAUCAUCACUCCAGAGGCUAACAAGCCUGUCCCUGGCCCCAAACCACGGCUCACUCCCAAACCUUUUGCUGUGGAGAAAAACCCCACUAUUAAACCCAUACUUGCCCCUAAGCCCCAAACUAAGCCCCGACCAGAGUCCACUCGCCUCGCUGGAUACAAACCAGAGCUUCCAUGCUCUCCAAAACCACAGCAACCAGUUGCCACUGGCAAACCCAGGCCUGUGUCAAUCAACCCCAACCGUCCUGCGCCUACAUCCUUUAAAACAUCUAAGUUGAACACUGGGCAAACAACCAAGCCUGUAGUCCAGCCGUUUAAACCAGCCCCUCCUCUUGACCCUGGAGACCCCAGCAAACCCACUCCCCCCAUGCCAGUAGAGAGACAAAAACCUGGUGCAUCAAGCUUGGCCUAUUCCAAGAGCCUUAAAAAACUCCCAGCAGCAGAGUGGUCUGGAACCACCAAAAAAGAAGAGAAGGACCAAAGGAUACCCAGUAAAGGUGGGGUAUCCAUUACCAGAGCCAAGUCCAUGGGUUUUCUCGCUCAGGUGGGGCAAGAGGAAGAUGAAAAAGAAAAAAAUAAACCAGAGGCAUCUGUGCCACUGCGACCCAAACCCAGAGCCUCCAGGCCCAGACCUGUAUCAGCUAUUUUCCUCAGCAGUCCAACCAAGACAGAAGCACCAGUUCCUACUCCUCGCUGGACUGGGAGACGACCCCUUUCAGCUGAUCUCACAUCCAAGUUUGAGUCUAUCGGACUGUCACUGCACCGUAAAACUCCCAAGGCAGACACUAAAGAGAACACUCCAGAAGAGAGGGCACUUUCACAGAGGCGAGAGCAAGAGAAAAACCUGAAGAGUACCACGCCACAAAGUACUGAUGCUAAACCUGCUGUCUCAGACCAAAGCAACAAAAAGACAGAAGAAACAAGUGUAAAAGAGACUGAUGAGGAUAAGCGUGUGGUUAGCAUCAAGUCGCGAAUCAGUCUCCUCCUUGAUUCGUCCACCUCUCCUGGGGCAGGUGUCACAGGCCAAGUGUUUGAUCUUCACUCUCCAGUGCAGCCAGUCCCUGAAACUGAACCACCAGUGGGUGUUAAACAGCUCAUAAAGCAGCUUACAGAAGAUACACCACCAACUCAGAGUCCUGUCACGAAACCAGCAUUGAAGCCCCGACCUCUGCCCCUUGACCUGACUAAAAGGUUUUCAUCCGAGAGGUCGCCAGACCUUGGCAGUGUUUCCUUCAGUGAGGCAACAGAGCGCCAUGAGAUCAGCAAAGAUCCUCAGAGGAGGAUUGAAGAGUCAGCUAUCACCCCCACUGACCAGAGGACAUUGGCGGAUUUAAAUGAUUACCAAGAGCAGCUCAUAAAGGCCUCAGAUACUGAAGGUCCUGAGGCAGGACAGAUGUUUGGCACCAUUCCCAAGGAAAGUGAUCCCAGCGGUGACGUACAGACAGUACGAGCAUCCUUGUUUGAAAAUGUUGUGGAGAGGCACAGUGUGCUGAUGUUGGAUGAGGGUAAACCUGUAAACAAGGCCAAAGACUCGCUCAGCAGCCCAUCAUUUAGGAAAUUAAGUAGUGAGGAUGAGGGAUCACUGGUGACUGCCACCUACAAAGAGCCUGUAUCUCCAUCAGGUCCUCUGCAGAUGUUGCAUGUCUUCGACACUGUGCAGGCAGUGGAAGAGAGCACAGCAGUGAGUGAGAGCAUCCCAUCAGCUCAGUGGGAGGAUAAGGCCCUGACUUUACGCUCCAGACGCUCAGAGGGGAACAGGCCGGUGUCAGAGAGGACUGGUUUAGCACAAGAAGAACCAGCUUUGGCAGUAAUGCCAGACCAGCAGCCUCGAUACCUCAGAGUUGGAUCUUUGCCAAAAUGGACCACUACAGGUCUUGAACAAGAUACAGGCAUGGAGAAAGGGAUACUAAAGCAGUCACAAAGGGAAGGACAGGUGGCUUUGAAUAAAGACCCAGAUUGGCUGAGAGAAGCAGAGCAAGAGGAAGUGGCUGCAGCUCCCAAACGUUUGAAAAUGCUGCAGGCAGAAGAACAGCUGAAACCCAGGGCAACCUACUUUGCCUUGACUGGACAAAUACAAGAGCCACUUUCUCCUUUAGAGGCAGGACCUGAUAUAGGGGACACAGCUGCACCCUAUGAUGAUUUCUCUAUGAGGUUUGCACAGGGAAGCUCUCAAGGGAAGAUUCUUCCAGUUAGGAGGAAUCCAUCAUUAGAUGAAGCUUUUGGAAAAACCUCUCAAGAUGAAGUUGAGGAGUUAAAGAUGAGGGGCCAGAUAUCACACAGGGAUAUCAGAUCAGCAUUGGAUGGACAGACGACACAGGAAAUGAUGGAAGUAGGAAAGAAAAGAGAACUAAAAAAGGAGGCUGAAAGAAACAAGGGCAAAAUGAAAGAGCUGGAGAGGGAAAAACAGAGACAGCUCGAAAUGGAGAAACAAGCACAUUUAGAAUUUGCACGAAUGAAGGAGAUGGAGAAGCAAAGAGAAUAUGAACGACAAAGACAGAAAGCUUUCGAAAGGGAGCAACAGGAGUUCGAGGAGAAACAACGUGCACUGGAAAGGCAGAAACAGCUAGAGCUUGAAAAACAGAAGAUGCAAGAGAUGGAGAGAGAGAAACAAAGAGAACUAGAAAGAGAAAGGCAGCGGCAGCUCGAGAAAGAAAAACGCAGAGAAUUGGAGAGACAGAAGGAGAUUGAAAGAGAGAAGCUGCGAGAGUUGGAAAAGGCGAGACAGCGAGAACAGGAGAAGCAGAGACAGAGGGAAGAAGAGAGGCAGAGAGAGCUGGACAAGGAGAGACAGCUGCUGGAAAUCCAAAAGGAGAAACAGAGAAUGGAGGAAAUGGAGAGAAUGAAAGAGUUGGAGAGAAGACAGCUCUUGGAGUUUCAAAAACAGAAGCAGAAGGAAAAGGAGAGGCAACAGGUGUUGGAACUCGAGAAGCAGAGAAUCCGAGAGAAGAUGGAAAGAGAGGAGGCAGAGAAAAUAAAACAGAUGUCAUUAGAACAGGAAAUGUUAAGACUGAAAGAGCUCGAUAAAGAAAGGGAAAGACAAAGGGAGAUGGAGAGGGAAAAGCUGAGAGAGCUGGAAAGACAGAGACAAAGAGAUUUAGAAAGGGAGAGACAGAAACAACUAGAUAUUGAGAGACAGGAAUUAGAAAACCAGAGGUUGAGACAGCGAGAACUUGAGAAGGAAAGGCUCAGGAAAGAGGAGUUGGACAGAAUAAAAGAUAUAGAGAUAAGACAGCUCUUGGAGUUUGAAAAGCAAAAGCAAGCAGAGAGGGAGAGACAACGAAUUUUAGAGCUGGAGAAACGCAGACUGAGGGAGAAGAUGGAGAGGGAGGAGGCAGAGAAAAUGAGACAGAUAGCCAAACAGCAAGAAGCAGAGAGACAGCGACUAAAAGAGAAGCAAAGGAAAGAGGAGCAGGAGAGGUUGAGGUUGGAGUCAUCACCCCUUCGGCCUAAAGUGUUAGAUUUGGACUCUGUGCUCCGAAACGACCCUUUUUCCAAGGCUACUUCUCAACGCAGUGAUUUUGCAACACGAUGGAAGGAGCCAUCUCCAAGAGCAGAAGAGUCUUACAAACCUGCCAUCCUUGACAUAGACUCUUUCACAUCUCAAACUCAGCCCUCCCCCAGUAAAGACUUGUUUCCUGUUUCUAGUGUUCAGGGUGUAGACGCUGGGUUUGGGGCUUGGCUACAGCCUACACCUGAGAGGGAUGUAAGCUGGAAGGUGCCAUCACAGACGGUCGGAUUCACAAGCCCAGCAUGGACACCGUCUCCUCAGGACCCAUGGGAGCUGCAGCCUGUUGAGAUGUCAGUGGACAAACCAGCAGCUGAGCCCAGAAAACAUGCCAACAAAGUCAGCCCGGAGCAACUCCUCCUCAGGCAGGAGGAACGGGUCCUGGCUCCGCAGAGGCACUGGUCUGGUAUGCUAGACGAGCAACUUCACUUGGCACCUUUUAUCAGGAUGGAGGCCAAAACUGGUGUGUCUCCUAGUGGAGUCUCUAGCAGCGCUUCUGCAGAGCAGAUCUGGUUACCCAGAGAACCACAGCCGCAAGACAGCAGGGUGGAGGUCCGGAGCCAGAGGAGAUCACAGGGAUCCCAGGAGCUGAACAGGAUGCGGUCUCGCAGUGUGUCACGGAGAUCAGCCCCUUCAAGCAGUGCUGUGGAAGGAAGCCUUUCCAGGAUGAGGAGUCGCAGUGCCCACAGAGAGCAGGAUCGCUACAGCUGGGUGCAAAAGAAGCAAAGUGUCAGUGGUGAGGAGGAGGAGAAAGAUUCAGAAACUCCAGGGCGUGAGACUGACAGUCAGUAUGGGACCUGGGAGACGGGACUGCGCACUGACGACAGUCUGACUCCUGCCACUCCCAGCUCAGAGAGUAACUUCAGCUCUUCACCAAGGAAGCCCACUCCAUCACACACGCCAGGUGAAAACGCCUCACAGUUUGACAUCGAAACCCUAGAUGGCCUCCUUCCAUCAUCCUCAUCUGAGAACCAGCCGCUCCCUUUCCCUGAUGCCCCGACUAUUCUGUUAGACAACAGCGCUCUCCGCUCCAGAGCCCAGCUGGGAAAGAAGCGAGCCCCACGGACACGGCCCUCCAGAGCUGCCCGUCAGAGUGCUGCCCAGACAGAGGGAGAGGCAGGAACCACUGAGGACUGGCUUUACAGAGACUCCACAGAGGAGAAGGUUGAGAGUAAGAACGACGACUCAGACUAUGAGGAGCAGACCAGAGCGGACGCUAGCCCUGCUGUUGCUUCUCAGCCACAGAGGAUCGCCCUGUUCCCUGGAGUGGACCCCUCAGCUUUAAAGGCGCAGCUUAAGAAGAGGGGCGACUCUGACAAUCAAACUGAUGGACCCUCUCCCUCCCCUUCCCAGCUCUCUCGCUCCCCCAAGUCCCCCUUCCUCCCACGAGCAGCGCGUGUACUGCCCCCACCUGGUGGGAAAGAAAAUGGUGAGGAGGACUCGCCUCAGUGGUUGAAAGAGCUGAAGUCCAAGAAGCGCUUGAGUCAAUAUGAAAAUGAGAGCUAAGAAAACAGUGAGGUUGCCUUAACAGACGAAUCUAUAAGAAACAGAAGCCUUAACGUUUGACCCAGAGAGUAGGAGGGGUAAAUCUACCGCUGCUGAUGUAUUUUUUUUCUUUUUUUUUUUUGUUCUCUUCCCAUCUGGGUCGAUAAAUGUGCAUGGUGCCUUUUUUACGGAGAGUCUCUGUCUUAUGGAAAAAGAAAAAGCAAGGAGAAAAAAAAAAACAUCUGGCUGCUCUGCUUAUCCAUUUCACGCUUGAACCUGUGGGAGCUCUUUUGUACCAGGAGGGACUUCACAUGAACACUUUAAUAGGGACCAGGAGAAGUGGGUGAAGGGUGGAGGAGGACAAAAGGCGUUGAUUUCCUGUCAAGCUGCAUUUCAGGAAAUGGUUAACUUGUGGGACCACGACGCCUCUUCACCCUGGACGUGCUUCAUCACGCGCUGGAGGACAAUCCAGCUAAUCCUCUACAAGAUGUUUAUAUUUAGUUUCCUUACUCGACUAAUGUGUACAAGUCGGCUGUUACUGCCGUAUAUGUGUUUAUCAGUCAAUGGAGGUUGUCGAUGGAGUCACACAAGCAUUGCCAUAGGAUAACAUUUCAGUCACUAAACUUCUUGAACAUAGAGAACAAAUCACUGCUGACUUGAUUGUCAGUGGGAGUGUAUAUCAUGUUAGUAAUCAGGAGAUGUUAUAUUUGUAUUAUUGUUGAUUUAACAAAGACAGAGAGCUAGUUUUGGAAAAAAAAAAGAACAUCAAGUUGCAUCACUACAACAGAGGCUCCAACGCCUUUUACUUUGAUACACUCAACAGCCUAAUGGUGUCACAAUUGCUGCAUACUGUGUAUCUUUUUUGUCUCAUUAUCUAAUAUUAUGUAUUUGUCUUUGUGGAAGAGGGAUGGGGGACUUUUGGCCAAGUGACUUUGCAUCUGUCAAUCAUGCACACUCCUUAUCAGCACAAAUAGGCUCUUCAAUCCUGUUAUGAAAACACUAAUCAGCCUGUCUUCCUCUAGCUUUUAAUAGAUUGAAUGAUUGUAACUGUAAGCAUCCAUUACAAGCCAUAUUCACCUUGUAGUGCUCAAACACUCCAUUAAUGUAUGUUUUUUCUCCAGAAAAUGUGCAAUUUCCCCCUCUAUUUUAUUAUGUGCAUGCACAAUCUUUGCUGUCAAACCAGGCUUUGUUCAAACUGACUGGGCCAGAGUGUCAGGGUGUUGGCUCACACUACUCCAGCGGAGGGACGGUUUGCUCACUACAUUGUUUAAACGACUCUACCCUCCGCAUCGCUACACACAAAUGUGACUGUUUGCACCUGCUUUACAGUUUCCUCAUCAUGUCUGUCAUCCACCCGCCCGCUCUGCGCUUCUAUCAAGCACUUUGUCACUUGAUGCACUACAGCACUGACCUCUGCCCCCUCUCAUUGACCAUGUCUUGUCCUCCUGUUUUUGGGUGAACUCAUUGGAGUGCUCAUGCAAUGCAAGUGAAUGUGUUGAUCGAGUCUUUCGGAGUGAUUGUCCCUGGUUUCUAUGUACAUGAUGUUUUACUUUGUCAAAAAUCUGAGGGUUUAUUUUUUAUGUCCUUCUUUGUCCUUUUUUAAUUUGAAAGUAAAGAUGUAUAUUACACUGUGUUGUACUGGCCAGUGUCCUAAAGUGAAUAAAUUCUUAAUAAAAUUUACUUGACUUGA